AGGGGGGCACUCUGGCAGGCCUGCUUGCCACCUGAAGCCAUCUGGAAGGUGCCCCUUCUCAGAAGCCAGCCAGAGGGAAGCUGGUUUGCUGUGGUCUCACAAGGUGACCUUGAGCAAGGCCUAUGGUCUCUUAUGGUGGAGAAUCCCAGGAUUCUAAGGAAAAACUUCUUAAAUGUUUCUCCAAGUUAGACUGUGUCCGGCCCCAGUGGUGACCUCUUCCCCAUGUCUCUCCUUCACAGCAGCAAAAACUAUGAUCUGGACUACGAGCUGCGCAGGGACGAUGUCUCGUACAGGGUGUAUAAAUACCAGAGGAUCCCUCCACUCAUCAACCGUGUGCCUGUCAAGAUGCGGAGGACCCAUGUGAGCAUGGGAGUCAAGGGCAGCUUUAGUCCCCACAAGAUUCCCAGGAAUAGCCACCUGCCUCCGGAGCAGAUCAAGUUUCGGACUAGGGAGCUGCAUUCCAUCGUGGGGGAACUGAGCCAGAUCAAAGCCCAAGUGGACGGCCUGUUGCAGAGUCUGGAGUGCAUGGACCGGCAGAGGGCCCAGCCUCCAGGGACAGAGGACAGUGACGGGAACUGGGCUCCUGGGAGUGCAGCUUCUUCAUGCAGAACCACCGAAUCCCAGAAGCAGCUCAGGGGCCAGAGGGCCUGUGCAGAGGUGUACAGCUGGGAGGAGAGCACAGACCCGAAGGCAGUGAAGAAUCACACAUCAGAGAAGCAAGACAGCCAGUAGGAAGCUGGCACCUUUCCAGGCUCUUAGCUUCCAGCAUCUUCCAGAGUGGCUCCCUUCCUCACCUGUGGGGUUUUUCUAAAGGCCUCCCAGAAGUACCCUUGCAACUAGAGGCACCUUUCUAGAGGGCCACAGAAGUAGUAGAACAGUUCAGCCUGACCAGCUGGGGAGCCUCCCCAGAGUGGCCAGUGUCCUGGAGGUCCUUUUCCAGAUGGUGGUCUGGGGGCUGGCACCAGCUGACCAGCCUCAGCAGCUGAGGCCCAGUCGUGCAAGGAGCGGCUGCACAGGGCUUCCGAGAGCACCCUCAGCCCCCUGCAGGCCGGCAGCUGUUUCAGCUGGUCUUGUCCCCUCCUGGGUCCUGCCAGUCUUCAGUCUAGGUGGAGAGUAAGCCCACCCACACAGCUUCCUGCAGCCACAUCGGUGCUCAGGAAACACCCAAGUUCCUGCAGUCCCCCUUCCAGUCUGAAACUGAGCUUUAAGGUGCCUGGUGUGUGUCCCACAGUCCUUCUGAGUACACUUUUUCCCAUCACCCUACAAAACAGGGGUGUUAUGUCUUGUUUCCAUCAGAUCUGCUCUGGAAAGAUGUAUUGUCAGGAGGGGGAAAAUAAAACUUGUAUAUU